AUGAAAUUCACCGGUGUUUUAUCUGCUUUAUCCUUACUAUCUUCUGCAGUCUUAGCUGAAACCGAAAGUCAAUCCACUGAGGCCAUAAGCGUCCCAUCCGAAGCCAUUAUUGGUUACUUAGAUUUAGACGGUGCCAAUGACGUUGCAAUCAUUCCUCUAGUCAACACUACUGACAGUGGUUUAUUGUUUGUCAACACAACUAUCUAUGAACAAGCUUCUAAUGAAGACAACGUCUCUUUAAAGAAAAGAGAAGCUGAUGCCGAUGCUUGGCACUGGUUGAGCAUUGCUCCUGGUCAACCUAUGUACAUCAAAAGAGAUGCCAAUGCUGAUGCUGAUGCCGAAGCUUGGCACUGGUUGAGCAUCUCUCCUGGUCAACCUAUGUACAUCAAAAGAGAUGCCAAUGCUGAUGCUGACGCCGAAGCUUGGCACUGGUUAAGCAUUGCACCAGGCCAACCAAUGUACAUUUAA